UGAAAGGGCCAUUGUAGUGGAGACAGCCAGCUGCUCUUCUCUCCCUCUGGUCUCAGUGAUAGUUAAUGAGAUUAGCUGUUCGUCUUGACCUGCGUCAGUGCAAAGGGGUCAAUCACAGGAUUAGCACCUUGCUUAAGACUUCUAUCAAUUUAUUACCCUUUUCCCCCCAGACUUUCCCACUUCUGGCUCUCUGCGGGACAUUUCUCAGCCUCCAAAGCAUGCUUAGCACCUGUAAUUGCAAUUUCUUCAUUGGAGUGGAGUAUUGCAGCGCAUCAUGCGGCUCUGGGACUGAGUCCAUCUCAACCAUCGGCCAUUGAAUGAAGCAUCUUCCAGGGGAGGAAGAGGAGCAGGGGCAGCCAGAGAAGUGAAGGGCAGCUGGGCUGAAAUCUUGCCUGCUGUGGCAGAGUCUGAGACUCUGGACAAGUCAUCCUCAUGCCACUUGUAAAUAACAAAGUCGGCGAUGAUUGCACAGUUGGCACAGAUAAGGCUUUGGUUGAUGGAAAGGCUCAGGUGGAUUCUUUGAUAAAGGUGGUGGCAUGUUAUCGGCACUUGGCCUCAUGUGUUGGUGGGUGCACAGACAGCUUGCAGCUCCGGGAUGAGUUGCGACAAACACGAGAGAAGGCCCAAAUGUUGGCCAUGGCCAUCUGUAGUCAUCUCACCUCACAUCUCCGAAACAAGAGCCUGCCUGAGGAGCAGCGCAAGGAGAUGGAGCUCCUCUGGGUGGCCUUCUCCUCCAGCUUAGAGCUCCUACAUGUUGAUAUGUGUAAAGUUUUCAACAUAGGGGACAUCGUCUCUCUGGCUAACACUAAUACCCUGGUGCAAACUGGCCUACAAGGAGGAGGAACUGAGGUUGCAGCCCGGGCACUCAGUCUACCAGACUUGAACCAAGCUCAGAGCCCAAACCUCCCUGAUGGGCUGGAGAGCCAGGAGCGUUGCACCAUGGAGCAGGAGAUCAGCCAUAUUAACCACAUGAUCGAUGACAUGGAGAUGAAAGUCAACGUGCUGCGCUGGAUGGUGGAGCCCCAUGGGCCACAGUAUGCAGAGCCGCUCAGCAGCACCGACAGCGCCUCUCUGGGUCUGCUCUCAGUGGACGAGGAGCAGCCUGGACAUCAGCCUCUUUGCCAGCGCAGUCAAAUCUUUGUGCUCUUAUUGCUGUUUGCUGUUGUUUUGGUGGGAGCCACUUUAUCUGUCUGUGUUUUCUUUUUCUCGUGAGCAAAAACCUUAAUACACUCAACUUAUUUUUUUCUUUAUAGCCUCAGUAAGGCUCCAGUAAAACUACAGUAGUUUUAUCUUUACACACUAUUUCCAUAAGAGUUACAUUUUGUAAUUGCAGCUAUGUUAUCUACUAUAUGCAUAGAUAAUUUGGAUAAAGAUACACUGACAUGAAUUUGAAUGCAAACCAGUUUGCCAUUUACUGCAGUGAAUCCAAAGCUGCCAUAUACUUUAAACUAUCUUUGUUGAACAAAGUGACAGUAAAGAAAAACAUGGUUGCCAGUUUGAACUGGUUUAAAAUAAAAAUAAUGAUUACAUUAUAGGGAAGGUGGAUGGUUUUACUUAUCAAACUGUAAAAAGAUUAUAUUUUAAAAGCUUAUUUUCCUUUUGUUCCUAAACAGUAUAUUAUCCUUUCCUUAAAAAGUCAGAGAGGCACUUGUCAUGUUUUAUUCCUUGUUGCCAUGAAAAGAUAUAGGUGAUGAUGCAUUGUAGUUCAUAAACAGAAUAUUUGAUUCCAAUGACUGAAGCUAUUUUGAUUCAGUGUUAUUUAACAUGUAUAUAAUCCAUGCUGUAGAGGACUGACAGUGUAUACAAUGUAGUUAUGCGUUAUAAAAGUAUCAACUUUGA